CGUGUACAGGGCAGGGUUACAAAAUGCAUCCAAAUUUUAUUUCUUGCAAACUAUCUGGUAUUCAGUACAGUAUAAGUAUUAGUAAUAGACAACACUUACAGCAUGUUGUGGAGUGUGUCUGUCAUCGUCUUGCUUGCCUUGUGCUUGAAAGCAACUAAUGGUCAGGCCGAAGACAUUCUGAUUGGUACGCUCCCCAACUUCCAACACGGCGUAAGAGGUCAGCUGUAUCUAAGAGACACAAACACACUCGUCAUUCAAAACUUCUUCUACGACGGCCUUGGACCAGCUACCUUCUUAUACUAUUUCAAGCCUGGCCAGCAAAGGGGCAGAGAUAAAGGGAUCAUCAUUCCCGUGCCGGAUGGAGACCCUCCAGAAGGGAGCUUUGUUAGAAGACGUCGCUAUACAGGAGAUCAGUUGGUGAUUACAUUGCCCCAAGGCACAAAUGCGUGUGAUAUUGGAGAGCUGACCAUCUGGUGUCGACCGUUUAACGCUUACUUCACAGCCAUCACGUUUAAUCAUGGCACUCUCUUUGAGAAGGCUGAACCCGAUGAAUGUGUCAUCAAGGGAAGAGGAGGAGUUUCUUCAACUGAGCCGCCAUCAGUUGAGAUUACCACUCAAGCCCCUACAACUGAAACUGUCACUACAGAAGCACCCCCAAGAGGUGUAGAGAUUGGACCAUUUCCUGGUAAUACGUUCCAUGGUAUCUCUGGAACUCUCUUUGUACUGGACUCAGAGACACUGCUCAUCAAAAACUUCAACUACGACGGCAAUGCACCAGGUGCCCUUCUCUACUACUACAGCCCUGGUCAGGUGCCAGACAGGAACGGAGGAGGUUUCACCAUACCAGUACCCCGUGGAGAUGAGAACGGAGGGUUUGUGAAUGGGCGUAGCUACACGAACGUGGACUUGUUGGUCCCCCUACCUGAGGGCGUGGACGCAUGUGACAUUGGCACACUCACAAUCUGGUGUGAGCCAUUCACUGUCUUUUUUGCAGUCUUCCCCAUACCAAGAGAAAACAUAUUUGUACAAGGAAUCGAUGAGUGCCAACUAAAGCCUAAGUUAGGGACGCUCAUACCAUUCAAAUGUCCUGAUGGGAAGUCUGUCGGUUCGGCUGGUGAUUGUCAGUUUGACAACUGUGUUGCCCUUGAUGACCAGCUACAGCUGUCCUGGACCGUCAGAGAUGAUCAGAAAAUGAUAGACUUUAGACUCUGCGGCUGUUUAAGUACCGAUCCAAACCUGAACCAGUACAUGGGAUUCGGACUCAGUGGCAGUACCAGCCGGACGUUCAUGCUUGGGGCAGACCCUGUCAUUACUUGGGUUGAUGAGACCACUGGACCACAUGCAGUCGACUACUUCCUCACCGGCUACUUUCAGUGCCGAGGUGGUCGCGGUGCAUGCCCUGACGAGGACCAUUUCAGUGACAGCUGCUCAAAUGACAUUGUGUCUGUGAGUGGAUCCAGACAGGGAGGGCAGCAGUGUGUCAUCUAUACACGAAACUUCUCUACCAAUGAUACAUGCGAUCUUCCCGUUGACCCUGGAAACCAGAACCAGUACAUCGUGUGGGGGGUGGGCGGACUCGGAGAGACGGCUUUCCAGCACUUUAAGAGAGCAUCAGCGACUGACCCGCCCAUCCAUUUUGGCAGGACACCACAGAACCAGUGUCGCCGUGAAGUCCAGUGCCAACAGUGCAGUGAAUCGUUUGAGGCAGCUGUGUUUGAGGCUCUGGAAAAUACCACCUUCUCUGUUACCAUAGGACCCUCUGGUGCUGACAGAGGCUACGAGGCCAUUGCUGGUCAAGUGGGUUGGGGCAUUGCUUACUACAUCAAUGAUACCUUGGUGCCCGAGCUGGUGGUACAGAGAGGCCAGACCUACACGUUCAUGGUAGAGGCGGGGAAUACCCCUGCUAACCCUGCCAAUUACCACCCCCUCUACAUCACUGAUGACAUUCACGGUAGCCGGGUGUUCAAGACACCUGAAGAGAAAAAGGCUGAGACUGUGUUUGCUGGUUUUGAUGAAAAUGACAACGUUACUGCAGCUGGUAGACUGUGUGCAUGCACAGAGGGUGCCGAGGCUGCCAGGGUGAGGGAGAGUUGUGGGAGUCGCCAGGAUUAUGAAGAGAGCCUGGAGUGCAGCUGUCGAGAUGGGGAGCCAGCUAUCCUAAUAUGGACCCCUGACGCAGACACUCCAGAUAUUGUCUAUUAUCAGUGUGCCAUUCACCUCAACCUGGGAUGGAGGAUUCGUGUACAAAACCCCAUAGAUCCAUGUGGCUCAAUUAAUUGCCCCUCUAAUGCUCAGUGUAAAGUGUUCACUCCUCCAUUUAUUGGGGAUAUAAUUCGAGGAACUGAAGAAGGGUUCUGUGACCCCUCAUGUGAGCUUGAUAAUGGCGGGUGUAGUGAGGAGGAGGAGUGCCGGCUAGUAGCGCCAGCGUGCAUACCUGACAGGCCCUGCCCUUUCUUUGUCAACUGUCUCCUCAAAGAUCCGUGUAGGAAUUCUGAGUGUCCAUCCCAUGCCAAGUGUGAGGUGUUUGACAAUAUCUUCACUCGAGAAGCUUUCUGUGCGCCCUCUUGUGAAGUCGACAAUGGCGGAUGUGAGGAAGAGGAGGUCUGCAGUUUGAACCAAGUACAAUGUGUGCGAGCCCCCUGUCCACCCGUUGUCGAAUGUCUGGCUCCAACCACGCCCACUGAAGCCAUGACAACACAGACCCCAGACCCGUGCUCAUCUUUUGAGUGUUCGUCCCACGCCCAGUGUCGAGUGUUCCAGACUGGUCAGGCAUACUGUGACCCUUCCUGCUCGGUGGACAACGGUGGUUGUGAGGAGGACGAGACAUGUCAAUUGUUAGCCACACCUUGUGCUGCUCCUCCUCUGAACCGCCCCCCCUCACCUUGCCCUCUGGUGGUGGUUUGUACCCCUGUGACUACACCCUCUCCUGAAGUGACCUUGCCCACUGAAGCAGUCACCACCAUCCCUGCACUAGAUCCCUGUGACCAGUUGAGCUGUCCCUCCCACGCUACAUGCGAGAAGUUUAUAGUGCCGUUCAGUGGCUCCUACACUGCCUUCUGCCUACCGUCCUGUGACAUGGAGAACGGGGGGUGUGCUGAGGAGGAAAUAUGUUCUCUGGUGGAGCAAAUUCUAUGCCCUGCUGAUGCACCCUGUCCGCCUACUGUGAGGUGUUCUCCUAAAGACCCGUGCUCAUCUUUUGAGUGCCCGUCCCACGCUCAGUGUCGAGUGUUCCAGACUGGUCAGGCAUAUUGUGACCCUUCCUGCUCUGUGGACAAUGGUGGCUGUGAGGAGGACGAGACGUGUCAAUUGUUGGCCACACCUUGUGCUGCUCCCCCUCUGGACCGACCCCCUUCACCCUGCCCCCUGGUGGUGGUUUGUACCCCUGUAACCACACCCACUCCUGAAGUGACCUUGCCCACUGAAGCAGUCACCACACCUGAACCAGAUCCCUGUGACCAGUUGAGCUGUCCCUCCCACGCUACAUGCGAGAAGUUUAUAGUGCCGUUCAGUGGCUCCUACACUGCCUUCUGCCUACCGUCCUGUGACAUGGAGAACGGGGGGUGUGCUGAGGAGGAAAUAUGUUCUCUGGUGGAGCAAAUUCUAUGCCCUGCUGAUGCACCCUGUCCCCCUACUGUGAGGUGUUCUCCUAAAGACCCGUGCUCAUCUUUUGAGUGCCCGUCCCACACUCAGUGUCGAGUGUUCCAGACUGGUCAGGCAUACUGUGACCCUUCCUGCUCUGUGGACAAUGGUGGCUGUGAGGAGGACGAGACGUGUCAAUUGUUGGCCACACCUUGUGCUGCUCCCCCUCUGGACCGACCUCCUUCACCCUGCCCCCCGGUGGUGGUUUGUACCCCUGUGACUACACCUACUCCUGGAGCGACCUUGCCCACUGAAGCAGUCACCACACCUGAACCAGAUCCCUGUGACCAGUUGAGCUGUCCCUCCCACGCUACAUGCGAAAAGGUUUUAAUACAGUUUAUAUCGCCAUCCGGCUUCUACGCUGCCUUCUGUCUACCAUCCUGUGACAUGGAGAACGGGGGGUGUGCUGAGGAGGAGAUAUGUUCUCUGGUGGAGCAAAUAUGCCCUGCUGAUGCACCCUGUCCACCUACUGUGAGGUGUUCUCCUAAAGAUCCAUGUGGCUCAAUUGAGUGCUCCGCUAAUGCUCAGUGUAAAGUGUUCACUCCUCCUUUUGGUGAGAAAUUUGGAGGAAUUGAAGAAGGGUUCUGUGACCCCUCAUGUGAGCUUGAUAAUGGCGGGUGUAGUGAGGAGGAGGAGUGCCGGCUAGUAGCGCCAGCGUGCAUACCUGACAGGCCCUGCCCUUUCUUUGUCAACUGUCUCCCCAAAGAUCCGUGUAGGAAUUCUGAGUGUCCAUCGCAUGCCAAGUGUGAGGUGUUUGACAGUAUCUUCUCUCGAGAAGCUUUCUGUGCUCCCUCUUGUGAAGUCGACAAUGGCGGAUGUGAGGAAGAGGAGGUCUGCAGUUUGAACCAAGUACAAUGUGUGCGAGCCCCCUGUCCACCCAUUGUCGAAUGUCUGGCUCCAACCACGCCCACUGAAGCCAUGACAACACAGCCCCCAGACCCGUGCUCGUCUUUUGAGUGUUCGUCCCACGCCCAGUGUCGAGUGUUCCAGACUGGUCAGGCAUACUGUGACCCUUCCUGCUCCGUAGACAAUGGUGGCUGUGAAGAGGACGAGACGUGUCAAUUGUUGGCCACUCCUUGUGCUGCUCCUCCUCUGGACCAACCCCCCUCACCCUGCCCCCUAGUGGUGGUUUGUACCCCUGUAACCACACCCACUCCUGAAGUUACCGUUCCCACUGAAGCAGUCACCACACCUAAACCAAACCCGUGCUUGUCUUUUGAGUGUUCGUCCCACGCCCAGUGUCGAGUGUUCCAGACUGGUCAGGCAUACUGUGACCCUUCCUGCUCCGUAGACAAUGGUGGCUGUGAAGAGGACGAGACGUGUCAAUUGUUGGCCACUCCUUGUGCUGCUCCUCCUCUGGACCGACCCCCCUCACCCUGCCCCCUAGUGGUGGUUUGUACCCCUGUGACCACACCCACUCCUGAAGUUACUGUUCCCACUGAUGAAGCAGUCACCACACCUAAACCAAAUCCUUGUAGUACAGUGAGAUGUGAAGCCGGCUACAGCUGUGAAGUGUAUGAGCCAACCAAUGAGGCGUAUUGCGAGCCGUCAUGUGGCCUGUCCAACGGUGGGUGCUCCCUGGGAACCCACUGCAUUCUUCGACUGGACCCAGAAUGCAAGGAUGGGCCAUGUCCAUCGCUAAGGAGUUGUUGUCUUUACCCACGCUGUGACAUGGACUACUGUAGCAACAAGGCAACGAGGAGAAGCCUGUGUACCAAUGUGUAUGGGUCACGAUGUGGCGAUGAAGAAUGUCCAGUCACGUUUUGUCAUGCUUGUUACUUCUCACCUGUUGACCAACCGUUUCCGGGGAACUGUGAAACUUGUGGAGACUACACUGUCAUUAACCGAUGUACUAAAAAAUGGGCUAUUUGCACAAGAAGAGCUCAUUUCAAGGCUUAUGGAGAGGUGAUAUUGAUCGGACACUAAACUACUCAUGCAAUGUCCUUAGUAAUCUCUAUAAAAAAGGAGGGUUUAUGGAAGGUAAAGUAAUGCUUAGAUAAUAAAAUAGAAGCUUACCUAGUCGUCUUGUCACUCAGCUACGUAUAGCUAUAUAAAUAAUUAUCUAGGCCUCCUCUUGUGCAAUACACAAAGACACAUGGCUGUUAUGAGAUCAUUAUUUUAGUGCGCAUGCGCAUCAUAACUAUGACCUUUGGCCUUCAAUCUUUGCAUGCCAGGACACUAUGACCGAGCAAGUAGCUAAAUUGCCGGUCAAAUAGGCUAAUUGCUCGGAAAUUGACCGAGAUCGACUGUUAUUUAUACCUUUGAUAUGUAUACUGUACUCAGUUAUACUUA